AUGGGAGUUGGCAAUGAGACUUCAGUCACUGUGUUUGUUCUCCAAGGACUAUCCAACAAAUCUCAGAUUCAGCUACUACUCUUUGUAGCAUUCUUAGUAAUUUACCUUCUGACCCUCACAGGGAACCUGCUGAUAAUGCUAAUUAUCUGUACUGAUUCCCACCUCCAGACUCCCAUGUACUUCUUCCUGGGACAUCUCUCCUUCCUGGAUGCUUUCUAUUCCUCAGUGAUUGUGCCUAAACUGUUAGAAAACCUUCUUUCCAAGGUGAAGGCAAUAUCCUUCCAUGGGUGUUUCACCCAGAUUUUCUUGGUCAUAUUUUCAGGGGCCACUGAAGCCUGCCUUCUUUCUGUCAUGGCCUAUGACAGGUUCCGGGCUGUGUGUCACCCUCUACUGUAUAUGGUGGCUAUGAACAGAAGGGUAUGUACUGGCCUAGUGGGUGCAUCCUGGGCCUUAGGAAUAAGUGCCAGCCUAAUGAACACUCUCUUACUAGCUCAGCAGCACUUCUGUGGCCCCAACCUUGUCCACAGUUUUGCCUGUGAGCUACCCCCAGUGCUUUUGUUGGCCUGUUCCAACCCCUACAGUAGUAUCGUCUCCACCCUGGCCACCAUGGUGGUGCUGGGCUUUGGCACUUUUGUUCCAUUGCUGGGUUCCUACAGCCGUAUCAUCAUGACAGCCUUGGGAAUCAACUCUGCCACAGGUCGAAGUAAGAUCUUCUCCACCUGCUCUUCUCAUGUCCUUGUGGUCACCAUCUUUUAUGGUUCAGGAUUUUUGAGGUACAUGACUCCAGCAUCGGGCUCAGCAUUGGAGCAAGUGGUAUCCCUGCAGUACAGUGUGGUGACACCACUGCUCAACCCCUUCAUCUACAGCCUGAGGAACAAAGAGGUAAAGGCAGCUCUGAGGAGGGUGCUCGCCAGAGAGCCCAGGAUGAUCUUGUGA